ACAACGGUCAUUUUCUGUAAAUCUACGUGAGUGACGGAAGCUUCCGGGUAAGCGGAUUCUCCGCAGCUUUGGCGCCUCCGCUCCGCUCUGUGGCUGUGACUCGUCAGGAUUGCUGCGCGUUCUCAGUGAUUUGCUGGUAUGCGCGUGAUUUCAUGCACUUCAAGCGCUCGCCCAAGCGGGAAAAUGCGCUGUUACUGCCAGAUCUCGAUUGCCGAAAAUUACAUUGUGUUUGAUGCAAAACUGACUCGACUAAAUCAUAUGCAAAAAAACAUCAUAACUGUAUAUUUUCAUGCUUUCUCAAGCAAAGCAAAUUUUCAAAGUCCACACAUUGCUGGUCAUAGACAAUGUUGAAGACGUUAUUGUCAACAAGUGGUAAAUAAUAAAAAAAAGGUUUAUAAAAAUGUAUUAAAAUUUUUUAAUAACAAACAUCAGGAAAAAAAUAAGAAACAAUACCUUUGUUUUCCGUAUUGUGUCGCUUACAGUUAAAGUCCUUCUCUGAUUUUAUUGUUGUUUGCAACGUUACUUGGCAAUAUUAUUAUUAUUAUUAAUAAUAAUAUUUUAUUUAUUUUAUUUGUAUUUUCAUGGUCUAUUAUUGGAGUAGUGUCACCCGGGUUGGAAUUUUAACUCCUAUUCACUGGGAAUAAAAAAAUAAAUGAAUAAAUAAAUAGCCUAAAUAAAAUAAAAUAAAAUAAUAAUUCAGUCUAUGCAGAGACGUAUAGAGCGGGGGAAUCCCCCAUCUCCCCACCCUCUGAAUAUUACGUUUAAACGUUAUUUGGCGGUUUUUACUUGGGAAAAGCAGCUAGUUUUCUAGCAUUGGAAUAACUAAACCUGAAACUAUAGACGAAGGAUUGGAGAUUAAUUUCAUUUACAAAUAAAGUAGGAAUGUGCAUACUUUUAAAUCGACACCUACCACGGUGUCUUCUUUGAGUGUGUUUUAAAAACGAUGAGGAGAGGGGGGAGGGGGUGUGGUCUUAAUCUUAGUACUCAGCAUACCCGGUUAAAAAGGUCACCGCUUGCCACUGAUGUAAAUGUAUGAUUAAAGCUGCUUGUUUGAAAAACCUCCAGAUUUUGUAGACAUGUCAGGCAGGACUGUAAAUGUUGUCCAUGUGUUUGUAAUAACUUGUUCUUAUCUUUAAACUUUUACUUUGAUAAAUGUGUUUCCAUAGGGUUCUGUUGUCCAACUUCGUAGAAUCUGGAGUGCCUUAUGUAAUGUCUCUCUACUCCUCCCCUCCAGUAUUUACAUUUCCCAGUCCUAUGCAAAAGAAUCCCUCAAAUUUCCCUCCAGGACCCUGGCCUCUGCCAUUCCUGGGAACUGUCUUCACUAAGAUGGAUUUUAGGACUAUGAAUAAGUUGGCUGAAGUCUACGGAAACGUAUUCAGCUUAAGAGUGGGCAGUGAGAAAAUGGUAGUCGUGACGGGAUAUAAAAUGGUAAAGGAGGCCCUCAUUACUCAGAAUGACAGUUUUGUUGAGCGUCCAAAUGUCCCUCUGUUUCACAAAGUUUAUAAGGGAACUGGUUUAACAAUGAGUAAUGGAUACCGGUGGCGGACACAUAGGAAGUUUGGUGGCCUCCAUUUGCGGAUGUUUGGAGAGGAGAAGAAAAUCCUUGAGCACAGCAUCCAGCAAGAGUCUGUCUACCUUUGUGAUGCCUUUAAGACAGAAAAGGGACUUUUCAACCCUAUGAUCAUCUUAAACGGUGCUGUCUCAAAUACCGUUGCCUGUUUGACAUUUGGACAACGCUUUGACUAUCAUGAUGAAUAUUAUCAAAGAAUCCUGCGUCUUGACAAUGAAUGUGUUCAAUUAGCAGGCACUCAUAGAGCACAGCUGUAUAAUGUGUGUCCUUGGCUCUUGGAAUACUUACCUGGUCCCCAUCAGACUAUGUUUUCAAACUAUAAGCAAAUAACAGACUUCCUGAGAGGAGAGAUCAUUAAACAUAGAGAGGACUGGGACCCUUCAAACCCACGUGACUUUAUAGACAACUACCUGACUGAGAUGGAAAAGUACUUUCUUUUUUUUUUUUCACAGAAAAAGAGUGACCCCAAGGCUGGUUUUAACAUUGAAGGGUUAGUGAUAUCCUGUUUAGACAUGAUUGAGGCCGGGACAGAGACCUCUGCUUCUACAUUACGCUGGGGUCUGCUUUUUAUGAUCAAAUAUCCAGAAAUACAGAAAAAGGUGCAGGCAGAGAUAGACAGGGUUGUUGGACAGUCGCGUCAGCCCUGUUUGGCUGACAGAGUUGAUAUGCCCUACACUGAGGCUGUUAUCCAUGAGAUGCAAAGAUUUGGAGAUGUUGUUCCGCUGGGAUUCCCUAAAAGAUCUGCUAAAGACACAACACUAGGAGGAUUCUUCAUUCCUAAGGGCACCUCUAUUUCAACAAACCUGUCUUCAGUACUGCAUGAUCCAAAUGAAUGGGAGACACCAGACACCUUUAACCCAGGACACUUCCUGAAUGAAAAUGGCCAGUUUCGGAAAAGAGAUGCUUUCCUGCCUUUUUCAGCAGGUAAGCGAGCGUGUUUGGGAGAGCAGCUGGCUCGUCAGGUGAUCUUCCUGUUCUUCACCUCUCUGCUGCAGCAAUUCACCUUCUCCAAAUGUCCAGGAGAGGAACCCAGUUUGGAGGGAGAGGUAUGGUUCACAAAUGUUCCUUCUCCAUACCGUAUGUGUGUGUCCUCACGUUAGAACAAUACAAAGCCAGUAAGAUUAGA